UUUAUUGUUAACAAUUAAUUAUUUAAUAAAUUUCCACUGACAAUUUAUUUUUUUAUAUAUAUAAAUACAACAACAAGUAAAUAAACAAACAAAAUCAAAAACACAAAAGAUUUAAACUAUUAGAAAAAGUAGCAUAAUCAACUUACAAAUAUGAGUUAAGAGAACCUCAAUUAAGAAAAUGAUUUGAAUAACGAAUUCUCUUCUUCAGAAUCUUACUUGGCCACUUUUGAAGCUGCUAUUUAAUAGCUUCAAAAAAUUAUUGAAAAUCCUUAAAGCGGAUAAAAAACUACUUUAAGCUAAAAUCAACAGUAGUUACUUAUUCUUUAAGAGAAAUAUGAUAAAAUAGAGCAAUUAGUUUAUGUUGAAUAAGAAUAGAUAGAGUAGCUUAUAGGUGCUCAUAUAGACUUGUAAAAGGAGCUGAAUAGCGAAUACUCUUAACAUUAGAAGAUUAUUGCAUAGGGUAAAAGGGAAAUCCUUUAAUUAACUUUAGCAAACAAACAUGCUCUUUAAAUUUAGAAUGAUGGACAAAGAGCUUUAGAAUAAAAUCGUUAAGAGGCAGAAAAAAUAGUCUAGUACAUCUAAAAAUUGCAAAAGGAUAUUUAAUCCUUGAAUAUUAUUAUGCAGGAUAAGGAAAAGGAAGAAAAAAUAAUAGAUGAUGAGAACAAUAAAUUGUAGAGCUCAAUUGAUGAAUUUAGAAGAGAUUAAAGCGAAUAAAAGGAUGGAAUGGAGGACAAAAAGCAUAAGCUUAUAUUGCUUGAAAAACAAAUAAAAUAAGUAAGAAAGGAGUAAUUCGAUAUGCAAAAGAAGUAGGAAAUUAUGAAGAAGAGCGUCCAAGAAAUAAAGCAAAAAAUAUCUUAAUACCAAUGUGAUUAAGAAGUUGCUUUAUCUGAAUUAAAAAAUGAAAAAAGAACAUUAUAAGUUAGUGAAAAGAAAUUAGAAGAAAUAAACAAGGGUUUGGAAAAGAUUCAAAGUGAAAUCAAAUAGAGUGACUAGCAUUUAGAACAAAUUAGAGAUUUAAAUAAAAGUAUGAAAACCAAGGUAGAAUAAGUCUAAAAUGCAGUCAUGAUAUAUUAAUCCGAAGGACCUGAUUCUGAGGAAUUAAGAAACUUAGAAAGUCUUUUAGGAUAGUAUAAUGAGUUGCUAGAAGAAAAGCAGAAAGUAUUCCAAAGCAAGGAGUAAGAAAAAAAUCUUUUGUAAGAGCACCUUUAACAAAUGAGUAACUUUGCUCAAUAGUAUCUAGAGAAAUAAAACCAGGCCAACUCUUAAAAUGAUAACCAAGUUUCAAAUCUUACCAGCAAGCUAGAUGCUACUUCUGAAAUUAACAAUUAGGUUAUCAAUUCUAAUAAUGUAAAUAACAGUCAAACAUUUGGUAUGGAAUGCAUUCAAAGCCAAUAUGAACAAGAAUAAGAAUCCUCACUCAAUACUCAGAAUGCUAAUAUUCAUACCUAGCAUUAAUCUAAGUAGUCUGCCUCUUCAUCCAAUUAUUAAAUAUAUUUAGAUUAAGGUAUGUAGAAGAUAAACACAAGUACAUCUAACCAGGAUGAUGGAGUUAAAGAAGAAAAGUAGACAGCACAAAAUUAGAGUUAAAACUAAAAUCAAUAAAAUAUUUAAGAAAAAUAAAUUUAAGUUCAAAAUUAGCAGAUUGAUAUCAAUACUUAAUUUUAAUAAUAGAAUUUAUAAUAAUAAAAUCAAAUUUUGUAGCAAAUUUAAGUUAAAGAAAGCACAGAAAACGCUAUUUUAGAGAUUAACUAAGACUCAUCUUAAAAGUAGUCAAGUUAAAGCAGCAAUGAGCGUAAUUAAGUUAUAAAUGAGUAACUUAUUGGAAAUAAAGUUUUUAAUUAAUCAUUUGGUAAUACUCUGUCUUCUAGUCUUUAAGAGAGUCCUGUUCAAGUAGAACGCUAUUAAAAUAAUAGUAAUCAUCUUGAUUCAGAUUAGAAAUAAAUCUAAUAAGAAUUCAACUCUGGAACAAUAUCAAUUGACCAACAAAAGCUUGAGUAGUUCAUAGAAAUACAAGAAAGAGAAGAAAGAAAGGAAAAGUAAAAGAGUGAAGCACACGAAGAUGCUUAAUCAAACAAAAAUUCAUCAUAAAAAGCUUUAUCUGAGACUAAUUAGAAGCUAAUGAUUAAAAUGGGUGUUCCUGGAUUUGGAGGAUAUAAAGAUAUAUUAAAUUCACUUAAGAGUGGAUUUUAGUAAAAUUAAUAAUAAGAAUGA